UAUACUUGAAGAACUUCACCACAAAGGAAAGAAACUUCUUCGCAUUGUGAUCAAAAUGUCUAUAUGCAUCCUAAAUUAAAAACGAAUUUCUGAAGUUGUGUAGUGCCAAAAGUAUAAAAUGAAACUGCUCAUUGGUCUUUGAAUUAACGAACCUGCUCAUUGUUCUUUUGAAAAACGGAUGAAGCAAUGGGUUCAUUCAUGGAAAAAUUUGAAGAAUGGGCCUUAGAAAAGUGCAGUGAAACCAUAUUGUUUGAGACGUUUCAUUGAUGAUACAUUCGUAGUAUGGCAGCAGUGAAGAGAAACAAUUAAUUUCGAUCAAAGACAAUGACUGCUCUCCAAGGCAGUCCACUGCAAAACUAACCUUUGACGUUGGCCAUCUAAUGAAACUUGUCCUCUGUCAUUUGCUGCAGAUACUUGUUAGGCAACUAGUUGAAACUGGAGCCAAAAACAAAGCAUUCAAAAAGUAAAGAUGCCUUCAUUUACUCAGGCUUGCCCUUUAAGGACAUUUGAGACCACUAAUGCAUUCGUGGUUCAGCCACACACCACAGCUAAGACCGGUGGCAGGUCAUGAAAGCACUGUCUGCACUGAUGAGAGGUUAUACCUUGAAACUGGACUGUAGGUGUUCUAUGCGAAUAAUUUCAGCAUGGUCCUGCUGCUAGAUGAACGAGAGGCAUCUGUGAGAAUAACCUUGAAAAAAAUGGGUUACAAAAUAGGAUCAGGCUUGGGAAAGUUUGAACAAGGAAUCACAGACACGAUAGACAUCAAAUAUCAAUCGGGAAAAAGAGGUUUGGGACUGCAUUUGGAAAAUAUGAAAUCGGCAACAAUUUCUUGGGAUUUCUCAAAAGAGGAUGUAAAUGUAAAAGAAACUGUUGAAUGGCUACAUAAUCUUGAAGAGUCAACUCAUACCUUUGAAGAAAUGUUAUCAUGGAUAAGGGAAGGUCCACCUGAUCAUGACGUCCAGAACCAGUAUAAUUUUUGUGAUAAGGAAGUGUUACUGAACGUUUUAAAAGCCAAAGAUAUAUACGAUGAAUUGGAUGAAAACGAAUUGAAAAAGGCAAGAGCGAGGUCAAAUCCGUUUGAAACUAUCAAAUCAGUAUUUUUUAUGAAUAGAGCUGCUUUGAAAAUCGCCAAUAUUGAUGCUGUGACUGAUUUCAUGUUCAGCAAUAUUGAUAAGGAUGAAUAUCACAAGGACCACAAAGGUCCUUUUUACUUUGCAGAUGUAUGUGCAGGCCCAGGUGGGUUCACUCAAUACAUUCUUUGGCGAAAGGAAUGGUUCUUCAAAGGCUUCGGUCUCACCUUGAAGGGGGAGCAUGAUUUCAAUAUGAAUGACUACGUUUGUCCAUCUCAUGUUUGUUUUCAACCAUUAUAUGGGAAAGAGGAAGAUGGAAAUGUUUGUUCGCCCGAAAACAUUGAAGACUUCAAGAACAAAGUUUUACAUGCGACCGACAACCAAGGAGUACAUUUCAUGAUGUCUGAUGGGGGUUUUUCAGUUGAGGGAAAUGAAAAUCUCCAGGAGAUUCUUUCCAAAAAUAUAUACAUUUGUCAGUGCGUAGUUGCACUAGAAAUAAUUCGAACACAUGGUCAUUUUGUCACUAAACUGUUUGACACUUUCACGCCUUUCAGUGUAGGCUUACUUUACUUAAUGUACAAAUGUUUUAAAAAGGUAACAAUUUUGAAACCAAAUACUUCGCGACCAGCGAAUUCUGAACGAUAUUUGAUUUGUUCAAGCUUGAAAAAGUCUCCAUCAACUGAGAAUAUCAAAAAUUAUCUCAAGGAUAUUGUGAAUCGAUUAUGGGAUAUUAAGGACAAAUCUGAUGUGGACAUUUUGGAAAUUGUUCCUCUUUGUAUUCUGAAAGAAGAUCAAGAUUUUUAUCGAUAUAUUUAUGAAACGAAUCGACGACUCGGAAUCAGACAAACAAUGGGUCUUGAAAAACUGGCAACUUUUUGCCACAAUAAAAGUCUGGUCGAGAUAAGACAACAAGAGUGUAGGACAGAGUGCCUAAGAUUUUGGAAUAUACCUGAUGAACCUAAAGAACCCCCGAAAGAAUUGAAGGUGGACGACUUGUUGAAUAUGGCCAUGCAUAACCAAAAAAUUCUCACAAUGCUACCCCGAGUGAUCAAAACAGUGGAAAAUUUCAAGGAAAUAUUUACAGAUGUGGAAGAUUGGCACUACUCCCCUUUAUGCAGCAGCCGAAAUUCGUAUAAUAUUCAUUUUUAUGCUGCUGUAGGAUCUUCUAGAGUGUUCCGCUUACAAAAAACUGAAUGGACGAAACUAAAGAAUCUUCAACUUUGCAUGGGGACUUUACUCUAUGGAGAAUUUGUGAAAGAAAGGGUCAUCAAUGAAACCAAAGAAAAUUCUACAUUCAGAUAUAGUCUUCAUGUCAUUGACGCACUGAGACUGGGUGAUAAAAAUGUUUUUGAGUUGACAUUCACUGAAAGGCGGAAGUUAAUUGAAAUUUACUGCAAGUCUGUGAAUAAGGAAUUUCAUAGGAAUUCAGUGAGGAUUCGUCCUAAAGUAAUCGACAAUUUAAGCAACAUUUCCAGUGAAACCUUCCACACGGAAAUUGGUCAAAGAAACAAAUAUAUGAAUUUGCCCGUUAUGAGUCUACAAUGUGUUGCUGAAAAAAUGGAUGUCAAUUCUUUGUUAUUCCUGAAAACAAACAGCAACCAAACCUUUUACACAACCUAUUUCCUCAGAGUACAAAUAUUUAUAGAUGACGAAGCAGAAUCAAAUUGCGAGAGUAAUUUAUCUUUGAACGACAUUGUUUCAGAGAUAAAACAGAAACUAUAAAAGAAGAAAACUGGAAUGGACACAUAUCUACACUUUUUUUUAAUCGACUGAUGUGGUUUCGCAAUCCAAAAACUUUUAUUAGUGAUCGUAUAUACCAAAUUUCAAUAUUUUUUUUUAAUGAUAUUUCUAUUGUUUUUUCUGAUUACAACUGUGUGAACUGAACAAAAAACACCUUUGACUAUAUACGUCAAAUUUUAAAGAAUAUAUAAUUUCACACAAUUUUCUUUUUAUUAUAAA